AUGGCACCUAAAAAGAAUGUUAAAAUGGACUUGGGUUCAUUUUUAGCGGACGACAGCUAUGGUGGAACUUCCUGGGCCGAUGAGGAAGUUGACUUGAACUCUAUUGGGUUGUCAUUGGAUAAAUCCACCACUGAAGCUCCAAUUGGAGGUAAAUCUUCCUUCUCUGGUAUUGGUGGAGGCGAAAGUCGUUUCCAAGAGCCAAGAAAGGAAAGAAAGGAGUACCCAAUUCCUGAUAAACCACCAUAUGUUGCUCGUGUUUCCAACUUGCCGUGGGAAGUUAGCGAAGAAGUUAUUGUGAGACAUUUCGAGGACAGAAUGCAAGCUCAGGAUAUCAUUACAGAAGUCAAGUUACCUGUUGACAGAGAGAACGGAAGAUUAAAAGGGUAUGCAUUUGUUACAUUCACUGAAAGAGGUCUUCUCGAAGAGUCGUUGAAUUUGACUUUGAGCGAUUUUCAAGGAAGAAAGAUUUUUGUCAAUGUAGCUGCUCCACCAAGAGCUGACGAAGGUGAUUGGAGAUCAGGUAGAUCGGGUCCAUUGGGGGGUGGAAGAGAACCAGAAGUUGAUUUGGACUGGGGUGCAGCUAGAAAAUCACAAGCGGAACUACCAGUGAGGGAGAGGUCGAAUAGAGGUCCAAGAGAACACAGACCAAGAGACGAACCAGAUUUCGAUUGGGGUGCAGCUAGAUCAGACUCCAGCGGAUUGCCACAAAGAGAAAGGUCAAAUAGAGGUCCAAGAGAACAUAAACCAAGAGACGAACCCGACUUAGAUUGGGGUGCUGCUAGGUCAGAGUCUAGUGGAUUGCCACCAAGAGAAAGGUCAAAUAGAGGUCCAAGAGAACACAAAUCAAGAGACGAACCCGAGUUGGAUUGGGGUUCGGUAAGGAGCUCCCAUGCUGAUCUACCACCAAGACAGAGAUCAUCAAGGACAUCAAGCCACGGCGAGGGACAUGAACGUGGCUCUUUUAAGCCAAGAAAGCAAGAACCAGAAUUGGAUUGGGGAUCAGCAAGAACGUUAACAACAACUUUACCACCAAGAGAAAAAUCAAACAGAUCAGUUUCAAAUAGAAAGAAUUCGGAAAAUGACUUUGACUGGAAGAGAGGUCAACCAUUGCAGCAACGCACCAAACCAGCACACGGUCAGAAGCAUAGAGAUGAAAAGAAGGAGGAGGACAAGCCACAAGGACCGCAAAAGUCUCAAUACAGUGUGUUGAGUGUUGACGAUGGAGAUGAUGAGGAAGAUAAAGAUGACAAAGAGGCAGAGCAAGAAGACAGUAAGCAAGAGAGCGAAUCCGUCAGUGUGAACAAAUUGGAAUCGGCAACUGCCAACUUAUCUGUGUCCGACAAGGAUAGCAGCAAUGAUGAUUGGGAAGUUGUUGGUAAAAAGUAA